AUGUCCAAUGCAGUAACCAACAUGCUCAACAAGCUGCAUGGCCAGCCAGAAAGCUAUGAUCGGAAGAGCAAGUACCGCAUGGGCCGGACGCUGGGAGCUGGUACCUAUGGCAUUGUGAAGGAAGCCGACAGCCCAAGCGGCAAGGUCGCGGUCAAGAUCAUUCUGAAGAAGAACGUCAAAGGCAACGAUCAGAUGGUGCUAGACGAGCUCGACAUGCUGCGGAAGCUGAGACACCCUCACAUCGUCCGCUUUGUAGAUUGGUUCGAAUCGAGAGACAAGUACUAUAUCGUCACGCAACUGGCAACGGGUGGAGAGCUUUUCGAUCGUAUCUGUGAGAAGGGCAAGUUCACGGAGAAGGAUGCCUCUCAAACGAUGAGACAGGUACUUGAAGCCGUCGAUUACCUCCAUCGUAACCACGUUGUGCAUCGCGACCUGAAGCCUGAGAACCUGCUGUAUCUGACACGCGCACCCGACUCCGACCUCGUACUGGCAGACUUCGGCAUUGCGAAGCAUCUGGACAGUGAGAACGGCGUGCUCAAGACGAUGGCGGGUUCCUUCGGCUACGCCGCACCGGAAGUGAUGCUCAAGCAGGGCCAUAGCUACCCGGUCGACAUGUGGUCCUUGGGCGUCAUCACCUACACUCUACUCUGCGGCUACUCACCCUUCCGGUCUGAUUCGCUCCCCGAGUUGAUCGAGGAGACAAAGCAUGGCCGUGUCGUUUUCCACGAGCGAUAUUGGAAGGACGUCUCGCACCAAGCGAAAGACUUCAUCUUGACCCUUCUCAAACCAGACCCACACGCUCGUUCGACAAGCGGGCAAGCGCUGAAGGACCCGUGGAUUGCGGGGGUUGGCGCGACCGAGCACAACUUGCUGCCCGAGAUCAAGGCGUACAUGGCUCGCGCAAAGCUACGGCGCGGCGUGGAGAUGGUUAAGCUUGCCAACCGGAUUGAGGCCCUCAAGAUGCAGGAAGAUGAGGAGGAGGAUGUACCGCAGGAGGCAGAUAUACCCGCGGAUGCUCAGAAGGCGGCUUGGGAGGCUGGUCAUCCGCCUGAAAGUGGUGGGCUCGCGCCGCCAGAGCAUGAACUGCCUCGAAAGCGAAGUUUGGGAAAGCUGGCCAAGACGGCGAUCUUCCGAGAGGUUGUUCUUGCCAAAGUUCGUGAAAUGAAGGCUCAGGAAGAGAGCGACCGGAUGAUGAAGGAGGCGAGUACUAGCUCCCAGCAAUGA